GUUGGCAUAUCUCUUCCCCCCGCCGGCUGCGUACUUUGUGUGUGCAGCUUGACCGGGAGAGCACCGGGAUAGGACGAGGAAAACCCGGGUGUUCAGAGACUCCGCUUGGGAGGGUGGACAUAUGCAACGGGCAAAGUCUGCAGUGGACUUCUCCAGCCUGCUGAACCCAGAGGUUUCGGCGGAGAGGGACCAGAUUCCGGCCCAGCAACAGCAGCAAGUGCAAAUACAACAGCAAGCCGAAGCAGAGAUGGCGGCCGUUGGCCUCAUCCGUCCCAAUGGACCCCUGCCGGUGGGUGCAGCGCCCGCUGAGCAGCCCACCGAGCUCCCGCGUCCCUACAAAUGCACCAUGUGCGACAAGGCCUUCCACCGGCUGGAGCACCAGACCAGGCAUAUCCGCACCCACACUGGAGAGAAGCCGCACGCCUGCCACUUCCCUGGCUGCAGCAAGCGGUUUUCGCGGUCUGACGAACUCACCCGGCACUCGAGGAUACACAACAACCUGAACUCGCGGAGGGGGAAACCGGGCCACCACCAACACGCCGCCAUGAUCCAGAGGAUGCAGCCCGAUAUCAUGGCGCCGCCUCCGGGACCCAAGAUGAUCCGUUCGGCCCCGCCCACGGCCUUGUCGUCGCCGAAUGUGUCGCCUCCCCACUACAGCUCCUACAGCAUGAACCUUCCCACGCCGCCGGCCCUCAGCCCGUACAGCCGCGGUGCGUUGAGCAGCCAGGGCGGUCCGGACAUGGCCAUGUUGGCGGGCCGGCUUGAGCGGGACAACGCCCCGAGCCAACAUCACUACCCGCCCUCUAGACAGCACCCGUACUACGGCGGUGCCUUGCACUCGGCGCGGAACCCGUUGCCUGGUCUUGGUGCUUACCACAUGGCGCGCCCGCACUCGCACGACGAGCACGAUGACCACUACGCGCAUGCGUACAGGCAGUCGAAGCGGUCGAGGCCCAACUCGCCCAACUCGACGGCUCCCUCGUCCCCCACGUUUUCCCACAAUUCACUGUCUCCGACACCGGACCACACCCCACUCGCCACGCCUGCCCAUUCGCCCCGCCUCAGGCCCUACAGCGGUGUCGAGCUGCCCCCGUUCCGCAACUUGAGCCUUCACCACACCCCCGCGCUAGCCCCGCUAGAGCCUGCGCCCGAGGGCCUUGCCCCGCCUCUGCUGCCCACGCCCAGGAAUAACGGCAUGUCGUUAAGCGACAUCAUGAGCAGGCCCGACGGCUCCCAGCGGAAACUGCCCGUGCCCAAGGUGACCGUCCAUGACCUGCUGAGCCCCGCCGACGGAUUCUCCACGAGCGGCAGGAGUUCAUCGUCCAACAGCAUUUCGGGCGUGGAACUGUACGAGAGGUUGUAAUGGCGAACGAGGAGUACCGUGGCGUCCGCCUUCGACUCGCGAUAAUCGGCAGCCUCCGACGACAUGACUGAUGACGAAACUCCGGGCACAUCUAUAGAGGAUAUAUAACCAACCACUUGGGAGUUUGGCUCUUUUUUUUUCUUUCUGACUUGGGGUUUUUCUGGUUGCAAAUGGCACUCGACUCUUUUAAUAUUGGUUUGGAACUAGUGGGUUUUUACACGGCAAAGCGGGUGCGGGUUUCUUGGGUUCGGGCAGGAUAGACAUCACCACUUCAACACUUCUCCUUUGGACGGAUAGAUUUGGCUUCCUACUUCCUCCAAUG